CUAUAAUACUAGAAAGAAUUGUUAAUUACUCGAAAUGGCCGACCAACCUAAGCCUAUCCGUGUUGCCGUCAUUGGGGGUGGAAUCGCUGGUCUUCUCCUCGGCCAGUUACUCUCCUCGGCUCCCGGUAUAGAUGCACACGUUUUUGAACGCUACCAAAACGAGUACAGCCUCUCGGGAUACCGCAUCCAGCUAAGUCUUGAGAUCCUCAACCUUCUGAAGACCCAUCUACCGCCCGAGACAUGGGCCAAGGUCCUUCCGAGCGUGGCCAAGACACCAAAAGAGGGCUACUACCACUCGUGCUUCAUGCGGCCAGACGGACAUGUUUUCUACACAUACCUACCCGAGGAAUUCCGCAAGACAGCCGCAGUCUCACGCCUCAGAUUGAGGAAGGGCCUUCUCUAUGAGUCGGAGAAAUGGUUGACAACUGGCAAGAAGUUUACAACUUACCAAGAGCUUCAAGAUGGAACGAUCAAGGCCGUUUUUGCAGAUGGGAGUAGUCAUGUUUGUGAUCUAAUUGUCGGAGCUGACGGGAUCACCUCACGGGUCCGACGUACUCUGCUACCCAGCAUCCAAACUGUUCAGACAGAUCUGGUCAUCAUCUACUUCAAAGUCCCCUACACUCGAGAGGUAGAAAGCAUGAUUCCGUACAAGACAGGGAGUCUGGUCCUGUACCCCAACGGCCAGGAAAUCACCAUCAUGACAUGGCAAAACCCCGAGCAGCCUUACGCCAAGGGUCUCGAUCCCGAGCACAUCGACCCAGAAACAUCAUACGUUAUGGUAGGUUUCGGCAGCCGCCUUAAAGAUUUCGCCGAUCAGUCAAAAUCACCGGCUGAAAUGACACCCAAUGAACUCAAAGCCGAGUGCAUCUCCCGCGUCAACGCGCACCCAACCCACCCCUCCAUCAAAGCACUAGUGGAGCUCGUCGUCACGGACUCCGCCUACGCCAACGUCUUCCGCAUGGUAGACGUUAGUGAGCCGUGGAAUUCGGACAAUGUAACGCUAGUUGGUGAUGCCACAUUCAAUAUGGCGCCAUUUCUAGGAAAAGGAGCUGCAUGCGCUAUGGAGGAUGCAGUGGAUCUUAGUAGGACCAUCAUACGCUUCCCAGGCACUCCCGCUGAGAAGAGGGGGAGUAUGCUGAGGGAGUAUGUGGAUACGAUGAGGGCUAGGAGGCUGAAGGAGCGCAAGAGGAGUGCGUUUGUUAUGAAUCUUUGCUUCUUUGGGACUACGCCCCUCAGAGCGUCUGCCAGGGAUUAUGGGAUGGAGAUUGCGAAUGUGUGGUUGACUGCUAGUGGGCUCGUCCGGCUUGCUAUUCUGGUAUUGGUGAUCGGGGCGUUUGUAGGGGGCAUUUGGGGGCUGAACGGCGAGUUUCUGCAGAAACUGGCCGAGGGGCUCAGACAGGUGUUUGCAACCAAAUGA